AUGGAUUCAGGAAUUCAAUUAGAACAGUAUUCAAAACCAAAACUGAAAACAUUUAAUAGUCAUUCAAUUAAGGCAUCAAAAAUAACAAGAUGGUAUUGUGAUAUUUGUGGAAAAUCUUUGUGUUCCAAAAGGAGUCAUAAUGAUCAUAUGAAUAUCCAUAAAAAUGCUAGACCAUUUAAUUGCCCUAAUUGUCAUUAUUCUGCUGCCAGUAAAAAUACCCUACAAAGGCACUUUCUUAGACAUCACCAAUCAAAAGAGAAAUGGAGUUAUUUAUGCCCAUAUUGUCCUGAGAUGUAUGUUGAGGCAGCUGGUUAUAGAAAUCAUCUUAAACAAAAACAUCAUGGUUAUUCCGGAACUUUUGGGUGUCCUUUUGGUGAUUGCAAGUUUAGUACAAUGUCUGCAUCCCAUUUUAAGGAUCACAUCCUACGCCAUAAUCCAUCAUAUUUUGAGGAGGGAACUACUGUUAAAAUUGAUUUAUCUCAAAUUUUAUUAAAACUAUAUCUUGUUGAUGAUAAUUUUGGUAAGACUAUUCCUGAUAAUUUGAUGGUUAUUGAAAAUGCCUCUGAAGAGGAGGAGGAAAAAAAUGUUGUUAAUGUAAUACCUAAUAAUGAUGAUUAUUUUAUAUCAAAAUACGGUGUGCCGAAUCCAAAAUAUAUUAUUGAAAAAAAAACUAUGAGUGGUAUUAUAUCAAAUUUUACACAAAAUUUACCAUUACCAAAAAGGGUAUUGGAGGAUGGUAAUUUUUCGUUGUUACAAUGUACUUCUGAAAUAGUGACUCCUAAUAAUAUUAAUAUAAAUGAUUCUAUUGAAGAUGAAGUAAAAUCCAAAAAAAUACUACAAACUAUUAGUUAUGAUAAUAAUAAAAUUAAUGAUAGUCAUACGAGUAAAAAAUUAAAAUCAUCAAUGUCUAAUGAUAUUUUAAAAGUUCAUACAACAUUAAAAAGAGAAAAAAAAGUUUUCAAAACAGUGGAAGGAUUCAUUGAUGAGGAUAUUGAUGAUGGUGAACCAAUAAAAAAAACGGAUCUAUCAGGAGUUGGAUCUCCGGUAUUCUUACAAAAAGAAAAAGCUUUCAAAACAAAUGAGGGUACUUAUGACUGGGAUUUAGAUUAA